AUGCAGCUUCGUGAAGCAGGACAGGCAGGCAAUGGGGUGUAUAUUAUUGCGGAGGCAAGCGGGAACGCGGAGCAGGCUGCGGGGCAUAGCCGCUCGGCUGUGGACAAAGUCAUUGCGGCAUGUAGGGAGCUCGGGAUUCGGUGCAUUGUUGCCCCUUUCGAGGCAGACGCUCAGCUGGCCUAUUUGUCUCGCACGAACCAAAUUCACAGCGCCAUAUCCGAAGACAGCGACCUGCUGGCUUACGGCUGCAAGCGAGUGAUGUUAAAGAUGGACAAAGAAGGAAAGUGUGAGGUACUCCGUCUUCCGUUUCUGCAAGAUGAGAACGACAACUUCCUGUCCGAGCCGCAGAUACACCACAACAAGACUUCCAAACAAACGGACAAGGAGGAAGUUGUCGCAGGUCACCUCGAGGCGGAACGUACCUUCAUGAACCACAAAGUCUUCGACCCCCGAACCCAACGCGUUGUCCUCAUUCGCUCUCACGCAACGCAGGGACAACGCAGUGACAUCGACGCCUCCUUUGAAGAUGUAGACGAGCGGGCCAUAGCCAUCGCCACCGGCGUUAUCGACCCGAGAACUGGCGCCGCCCGCAACACAGCUUUGUCGCCAGCGGAAUGUGCGUUGAUCCGAGACUGCCAAGAAAAGGCCUUUUGUGGGCUAGAGGCAAGGCAGCUGAGGGCUGAAAUUGCAUCAAAAAUUGAGGAAACUCGAAGCAAGCUGGUGACAGGUGAGACUCCGAAGGAAACAACAGAUAUUGUAUCCUCCGAUACUCUCAAUGGAACUGAGGAGCACAAGACGGAGCGACACAUUAAAAAAGCCACGGGAAUCACCGUCCGCUUGGCUAUGCGCGCUCCUACUGGCGCGUGUGUCGCUAUUGAAGCUCCCACGCAGCAGAAGAAGGAAAACAAACUGACAAUAUGCCCUCCUGAAGAUGUCCUGAAUGCGCUUGACGCCUUUGUUGCUCCUACUGCACUUUCCCGCAACAGCAAGGAAGCUACGGCAACUGCUAAUGCGGUCGACUCCGACGAACGUAUCAAGGUGGCCAAGAGGCUGCUGCAAGACAUGAAGGAUGAGAGUUUGAAGCUGAUCGGGGCUGCUCCCGCGCUUGCUGAAGUACCAACAAAUGUAAUGCCGGCAACAACCAGUGCAACGCCUGCAGCAGUAGCAGAAGCAGCAACCGCGGAGCCAGACCCAGGUUGUGGAGACGUCACAGUCUCGUUGACAGGGGCAGAAUGCAGCAGUCGGCAGAGCUACAGAAGCAGCAGCCUUCUGCAGUUUGCAUCAGCAACCAAAAGAUCUCGUCACCAAGACACGCUUUGCUCACCGCACGAAGCUCGUUUCUACUGCCGAAUGCUCCGCCCCUCCAUUCUUUUCUCUUAA